CUAUAUAAAUAGGGAUUGGUAUGAAUGCAAACUGAAUUGAGUUGAAACUUCAAGUGUCAGUAUAGUGUCUCUCGUAGUUAGAAAAAUGAUGAAGUUUAAUAUUUUAAAACAUGCGUGGAAAUUUCUCUUUUUUAUUUUGUGGAUUGGAGAUAUUGAGAAAAAUGCCAGUUUUGCUAUGCACACAGACGAACAAUUAAGAAACAUAAUGACCGAGAUUAUAACACCCUUUACUGUGCUUGGCGAUGAAGCAAUUCAAUAUUUUAUUCAGUUUGCAAAUCAGAGAAUGUCAGAAAUUGGAAAAAACUAUAAUUUAAUUCCUGUUGCCGUGACACAAAUACCAGAGGAGUGUAACGAUUAUGCAAAAUUCGAUGAAGAUGAUGUACAAAUAAUGUAUGGUGGAUCUGGAGGAGAUGUUGGAGGGGAACACAUAGUCGGUCACUAUAUCUGUGUUCAUUACUUACAUGAACUAAAAAGAGUUCACAUCUAUGAUAGCUUGCAAUCCAAGUUCAACACGUAUCGUAGACUAAUGAAAGUUUUACCGGUUUUAUAUCCAUUGGUCAACUUUACAAAACUAAGUUCAUUGAAACGUAUAACACCGGAAACAAGACAAAAAGAUGUAAGUUCAUGUGGGCUGUUUUCCAUAGCCUACGCAACAACACUUAUAUUUGGAGAGGAUCCAGCAACUUAUAAACUUCAAUUAAGUGUUGGAAAAGGUGUUGACCAAUCAACAGCGUUAAGGGCCCACCUUUCUAAUAUGCUUACAACUGGGAAUUUUUCAAUAUUCCCUUCAGCUGACGCCCCAAUGUCAACCCCAGUGUCGGUGGUCCAAAAACCAAACAAAACGAUCGAAACCACAACUUCAAAACCGGUCAAAAGCUCAAAAACAGGAUCAAGCAGCAGAUCGACGGUCAAGAAAACAAAAAAAAAGGUGGAAGCUACUUCUUCAUGGUCUGGGUCACAACCCAGUGAAAGUAACACGGAAAGCGAAGCCACGCAUACAACUUUUGGUUUGGUUAAUGAUAUUGAUUCACAUAAAUACAUGUCAGUCUUAUUGUACAAGAAUCAUGGUGAUGACUCUUUAUACAUGACCAGCGCAACUAUCGUAUCGCCUAAUCGUAUCGUAACGGCGGCUCAAAAUGUGGUCAAUAGGGACUCGGUGACAUUGGCAUUUAAUACUUUAGACACAGAUGAAACUAUAGAUUUUAGUAGUAAUCAGAAGAUUGACGUUUCUGAGUCAGAAAUUUAUAUUCAUCCUGGAUACGAUGCAAAUUCUUCUCAUGCAAAUGAUUUAGCCGUUAUUGUUCUUAAAAAACCAUUGUCAAACGUAAGCGAAAUCGAAAUUGUCGCCAGCAACUACACAGCAAAGCAAAAUGACAUGGUCACCAUGCUUGGUUUUUCGAAUAGUCGCUUGAGUUAUAUUAAUACGAAGGUUGCUGAUUUUGUGACUUGCCGAUAUUCAUACUGGGAAAGGAAUAACUAUAGAGUGUUAGAAGAAGGAAAACAAAUUUGUGUCAGUACAGGAAACAAUUAUAUAGGCACAGGAUGGAUUGGAGGAGCGGUUGUUACAAGCGACAAUAAAUUACUUGGCAUAAUGAGCUACGAUUAUGAUGGCCUCCCAGAAGUGUGUACUUUAAUCACAGGAUCAAAUUCUGAGUUCAUUAAGACUCCAAAGGGUUUCAUACGGAAAUAUAACAAGAAAUGAAGCACACCACAGAAACACUCUCAACAUAUGAGGUGAAAGUAUAACCACUUUGAAAAGUAAAAGAAAGUGGAAGUUUGUCAUGUAAUGAGCUACAUAAAUUUUAAUUUUAAUAAAAAUGAAGUUUGUGUUGAACUAAAA